AAGCGCCGGGUCUGGAAGUCCGUUGAAAAAAAAUAAACGUUUGAGGCGCUUAUUAGAGGAAAUACGGUAAGUUAACUGUACUGAUUGACGUGAAGCGUGAUGUUACACGUUAUUUUGUUCAGGUUGCAUUGCUGAUGUUAGUGAGGACGAUAUUGCGUCAGAGCUGAUGCAACUUUGUUUUAGCAGAAUCGUUUAUGUUUGUCGAAAUGCCAUGUAGAUCUACAUAUAUAAUCCAAAUGGUAGCGAUGUAGAGUCUGCCAGGGCCACCAGCUGAAUACACGUACGGAAUCAUCACCAUGGAAGUUGAGGCUAUUCAACAGAAACUGGGAGGCUAUGGCUGCUAUCAGAUGCUUGUGUAUACCCUCCUUGGUCUGUUGUACAUGAGAGGCGCCUGGCACACGUUUAGCAUCAUAUUUCUGGGUGCAGUCCCUGACCAUACCUGCACAAUUCCAAACGGAACAGUCGACGAUGGUCAUCAUGUUGUAGCAGGGAAGUGUGAUAUUACACUUACAGUCUCAAAUGGAACAUACGCUGUCAAUGAGACGGUUGCAUGCAGUACCUGGCAGUAUGAUAACAUGCUCAAUGGUUCCAGCAUUGUAGAAGAGUGGGACCUGGUGUGUGACAGGAAUUACCUGGUGGAACUGUCUACAACCAUCUACAUGAUUGGCACAGCAUCAGGAGCAGUGAUCCUCACUCCGUUUUCUGACCGAUUUGGCAGAAAGAUUCUCCUCCUGACCUGUCUCGGUAUUCAAGCUGUCAUCGGCUUUGCUGUUGCAUUUGUACAGAACUAUGUUGCUUUUACACUGUUGCGAGCCGUGGUGGGAUUUCUCAAUAUGGGCAUAGCACUGAGUGCAUAUGUAAUGAUGACAGAGGUGUUUCCCGCUUUGCACCGCACUCUUCCGUCCAUCGCCAUGCAGAUCUUUUGGGCUGUCGGGGUCAUGUUGCUGUCUUUGUUUGCGUACCUUGUGCGAGACUGGCGCAAACUGGAGAUGCUGGUGUCCCUGCCUAAUAUGUUGGCCAUUGUCUAUAUAUGGUGUCUCCCAGAAUCUCUCCCGUGGUUAUUAUCUCAGAAGAAAAUAAGACAAGCCAAAGCUGUGAUUAGAUGGGCAAGCAAGUUAAAUAGACUUCCAUCCAACCUGGAUGUGUUGCUUGACGCCCCCAGUUCCUCAGCUGGUCAUAAUGGGCAUGUUCUGGUUGAUGGGGAGGGUGAGACUCAAGCCUUAACUCUGCAGGAUCCUCAGGAGUCGAGUGCAAUCAGUGCUGGCAACAAUAAAGCUCAGCCUGGAAUUCUAGAUCUGGUGAAGACGACACGAAUACGACUUUAUUCAAUACUGCUGUGGUUUUUAUUUUUUGUGAACAGUUUAAGUUAUUUUGGGUUGUCCUUCAAUACUCCGAAUCUCCAUGGCAACCCAUACCUCAACCUGUGUCUGAUGGGAGCUGUUGAGAUCCCAGCCUAUGUUAUAUGCAUGCUGGUCAUUUAUUGGAUGGGACGUCGAGUGCCAGUGUGUGUGUUUCUGUUAAUCUGUGGAGUGACCAACAUAGCGGCCAUCUUUGUUCCAGCUGAAGCAGAGAGUGGGGCCAAUCUAUCCCAUCUGAAGCUGGCUUUGGUGAUGAUAGGGAAGUUUGGCAUUACUGGCUCCUACUCCACGAUCUACCUGCUUGCAGCCGAAACAUUCCCUACCUCUGUCAGGAAUCAAGCGGUGGGAAUUGCAUCAUUCUUUGAGAAUAUUGGUAGCAUUUCUGCUCCUCUCAUUGUGUAUGUGGCCAAGAAGAUCCCUGAGGUUCCUUUUGUUCUGUUUGGUGUGCUGACAAUCAUCGGAGCAGGUUGUGUGUUGUUGCUUCCUGAGACCCGGAACCGACCCCUCCCUGAAACCGUGGAGGAGAUCGAGGGCUGGCACAAGAAGCCGACAUCUUGACCCGCCACCAUAUCCUCUAAUACAGCAUCCUUGAUGACAAGAGAAUAACCCAACAUAUCUUUCUAGAGAAUAUAUUUUGAUAUUGUUUAUGUCUAACAUAUCUAAUUAUUUCUGUGACUUUGGGGUAUUUAAGUGUGUGUCUGAAUUGGAGUGCGUCUUGAAGUGUUAUGAAGUUACGAGUUAAUUUUAAUUUUUCAAAAUACAAUGAUUUGAAUCAUCCUACACUGACAAACAGAAGCUGUGGGAAAUUCAGCUACAGUUACAUUAUCUAUAUGUUUUUGUCAGAGGCAAUAUGUGACAAUACUCAAGUAUUUGGUAUUUACACAGCCUUACAAACCUUCUGUGAUGUUUCUUCUUAAGUAGGAUCAUUUUUAAACAUUAUGACUUUUCUACACAGAAAUUCAUCAAAACUAUGUAAAGUCAUCCAUUGUUUGACGUUGUAUCAUUGCUAAAUGAUGAUAACCAGUUUGUGAGAAGAAUCACUGCAGUAAAAGCUUCAUCCAUCGAUGGAACACUUUAGGUGUGAAAAUGAGUGUUGGUCCAAUUCGUUUUAUGGAUGAAUGAUUGGGUUUUUUAUUUUAUGGAAGGAUUCAAUAAUAAAAUCUAUGUCAACUGGAAGGGAUGAUUUUUGGUAGGACUGCUAUGUUAAGAUUAUUGAUUUUUCCAUGCACCGGUUCUUCUUUCAAGUUACCCUGGGAGUGCUUUAAGCAAGUGUAAUGAAAAGGUCAAAG